AUGGGAGCUCCAUUCCUCAUAACCAUUGCCGCAAUGGCACUACUUUCAUCCCUUGCUGUCGCUUCUGAUCCUAGCCCCUCGCAGGAUUUUUGUGUUGCAAUCAAUGAUCCCAAUACUGCUGUAUUUGUGAAUGGAAAGAUUUGUAAGCACCCAAAGGUUGUGAACGCCGACGAUUUCUUCUUUCAGGGACUGAACAAACUUGGAAAUGCAGCAAAUCAACAAGGUUGUAAUGUUACUUCUGCGAAUGCCAACAAUCUAGCUGGGCUCAACACUUUGGGAGUUUCCCUAGCUCGUCUCGAUUUCUUUCCUUAUGGCCUAAACCCACCCCAUACUCAUCCUCGUGCAACCGAGGUCCUAUUCGUGUUAGAGGGCACUCUUCAUGUUGGUUUUGUCACUUCAAAUCCUCCAAAUAACAUGAAAAAUCAACUCUUUACGAAAACGUUGAAUCUAGGAGAAAUCUUCAUUCCUUUUCCUUUAAAAAAAAAAGAAGGUCUGAUUCACUUCCAAUUUAAUGUUGGGAAGAUGAAUGUUGUUGCAUUUGUUGGUUUCAGCAGCCAGAAUCCACGAGUCAAUACUAUUGCAAAUGCAGUCUUUGGAUCAAAUCCUCCCAUUUCUCCGGAUGUUAUCACUAAGGUGUUGCUGCUUGACAAUAAAGUCAUUGACUUACUUGAGGCAUAG